CCUUCUUCUCCAGAGAAGUACUCCACAGACCAAGCCCAAACUCUGCCAUUCUCCAUAGCCCGGAGUUACAAGCACACUGAGAAAACCCAGCACGAAUGUGAGAGGAAGAGAGUGACAGAGAGAGAGCGCAAGUGACAAAAUAAAUAAUAAAACCAGAAAAAAAUAAAGUGAGGCUUCGCGCCUCGAGAAAGAACGAGAGAAUACGUUCAAGUUUAGUUUAGAAAGCGUGGUGGAAAACUUUUCUGGGCUGUGGCAGAAAGCUGUGGACCGCGGAAGAUGCCAGAGCAGAGGUGUUGAACUUUCCAGGAAAGAACAAGGGCUGACACGGUCCACACUAGGGGACAGGUGAAGAAGUAACACGUUUAGAGAUGGCUGACGAGCAGGACACAAGGGAAGUGCUUUUCCCACAGUGGACAGGCACUGAUAAGCUUGGGCUCACCAUAGAACAAAAAGGUCAAGGAGAGAUUUUUGUCAAAGAGGUGAAAGAUGAGUCCCCUGCUGCUCAUACUGGGAAAGUAUACGAAGGUGACCAAAUUGUGGGGGCCACCAUUUACUUUGACAACAUGAGCUCAGAAGAAACGGCUGAACUGUUAAAGACUCUUAACCGACAUAAGGUUGGACUAAAAUUACAAAAUAAGUCUGGAGACAAGUCACCUUGCCGUUCUCCAAUGGGGACAUUGUCACGGGAAGGACGUGGAGGGUCUAGUUCAGACAUUCUUCUGAGUGGGGAUGAUGAAGAUUACAAGAGAAUCUACACUAAGAAGAUUAAACCUAGACUAAAGUCAGAGGAUCUUGCUGAGGGUGUUGAUGUGCGCACAGAACGUCACAGCAGCACAAGCAGUGAUGGUUGCACCAUUACUACAAUCACUCGUCGAAUAACUACCUACACUGUGGAUGUGCCUGGGGAGACUAGUCAGCAGAUUGAUCACUCAAACCCUGAUUUCAAAAUUCAGGUCUUGCAGCAUGAGCAGUCAGAGGGAGAUUCUACUCAAAUCAGAUUACCACAUAGUAGCCUUGUUAGUGGUGCACACGGAGCUAUAAAAAUGGGGGACAUAACUCUUAGUGGGCCCCAUGUCACUGGCUCCACUGUGAAGCACUCUAGCACAGGAUCUUUAGAAGCAACAAGUGAAUUAGAUGGUAGUGGGAAAGAGAUUAUAAUUAAUGUGUCAGACACUGGACUGUCAGGUGGUAGAGGACAGAAGGUGAUAGAACAUUUUGGAAAGACUGAAGCUUCUGCAGGCAGUAGUGAUCUCUCUGGCAAAGUAACCAUGGGGUUAGACAAAGACGUGAGAAAUAUUUCUUCUCCAGUGGAAGCUGGUUUUAAAGCUUCAAGUAUGAUGGGAGGAACUGAGGUUGCUACAUUAAAGGGCCCUGUUCUGAACACUCGCGUUUCAGGUUUUUCCAUUAGUGGAGAUACAGGGGGCAGUAUUGGCAGGGAAUCUUCGUCUGAAGAGCAUAAGGAUGGGUCUGCUGAUAAAACAAAACUGUCUAAAGUUACCAUAGAUGUGCAAAGGCCCAAGGAAGGUCAAAAUGUAGAAGUGAAUUUUAACACUCAAAAUCUUAAAGAUGUUAGUCAGAGAGGUUUCACCAUAACUGGGAAUCAGGAAAUGUCAGCUCGGGUUCAGGAACCUGAUACAGUAGUAAGUCUACCUAAAGCUGAUGUAAAAAUCACACCACCAGAUAUGGACGUCAGGGGUCCAGAGCUUCACUUUAAAGGACAUGAGCGUACAGUCAAAGAUGUCAAAUUUGAUGCGCCAUCAGUCACUGGUCAAAUUUCUAUGCCAGAUGUGGAUUUAAAUCUCAAAGGACAAAAAGUGAAAGGAGAUGUUAAUGUGUCCAUUCCGAAUGUUGAAGGGAAUGUUGCAACUUCAAAAGUUGAAAUUAAAAGGCCAGAUCUCGAGGGUACCAAAGGUGACUUUACUGUUACAAAGGUCAAAAUGUCCUCAUUUGGAAUAAAAACUUCAGAAGUAAGGUGUCCUGAUGCUGAUGUAAAUCUCGUGAAAGCCAAAAUGGAGAUUAAAGCACCAAAUGUGGAUAUCAAGAGUCCAGAGCUUAAUGUUGAGAGAUCUGAAAUAAAAGUCAAUGAUUCUGAAAUCAAGAUGCCACCAGUCUCCGGUCCUAAGAUUGAGGUGUCUGACGUGAACUUAAAUGUAAAAGGGUCAACAUUGAAAGGUGACUUAAAUCUGAAAGGCCCAAAACUAAAAAGUGAUGUUGAUGUGUCUUUUCCAAAAGUAGAAGGAGAUAUUAAAGCAUCAAAAGUUGAAAUUGAAGGCCCUGAACUUGAAGGACCUGAGGGUGGUUUCAAGAUGCCAAAGAUCAAAAUGCCAUCAUUUGGACUGAAAGGUCCAAAAGUGGAGGGUACAGAUGUUGAUGUGAAAAUCCCUGAAGCCGGAGUUAAGGCACCAGAUCUGGACAUCAAAGCUCCAGAGGUAGACAUUGAAGGACCUGAGGGAAAAAUCAAGGGCCCCAAAUUCACGAUGCCAUCAGUCUCUGGUCCAAAGGUUUCUAUGCCAGACGUUGACUUCAAUCUAAAAGGUCAAAAACUGAAAGGUGAUGUUGACGUGUCCGUUCCAAAAGUGGAAGGAGAUAUUAAAGCACCAAAAGUUGAAAUUGAAGGCCCAGACAUUGAAGGACCUGAGGGUGGUUUUAAGAUUCCAAAGAUCAAAAUGCCAUCAUUUGGACUGAAGGGUCCAAAAGUGGAGGGUACAGAUGUUGAUGUGAAAAUCCCUAAAGCCGAUAUUGAAGUUAAGGCACAAGAUCUGGACAUCAAAGCUCCAGAGUUAGACAUUAAAGGACCUGAGGGAAUAAUCAAGGGCCCCAAAUUCACGACGCCAUCAAUCUCUGGUCCAAAGGUUUCUAUGCCAGACGUUGACUUCAAUCUAAAAGGUCCAAAACUGAAAGGUGAUGUUGACGUGUCCGUUCCAAAAGUGGAAGGAGAUAUUAAAGCACCAAAAGUUGAAAUUGAAGGCCCAGACAUUGAAGGACCUGAGGGUGGUUUUAAGAUUCCAAAGAUCAAAAUGCCAUCAUUCGGAAUUAAGGGUCCAAAACUGGAGGGUCCAGAUGUUGAUGUGAAAAUCCCUAAAGCCGAUAUUGACAUUAAGGCACCAGAUGUGGACAUCAAAGCUCCAGAGGUUGACAUUGAAGGACCUGAGGGAAAAAUCAAGGGCCCCAAAUUCAAGAUGCCAUCAGUCUCUGGUCCAAAGAUUUCUAUGCCAGAUGUUGACUUCAAUCUGAAAGGUCCAAAACUAAAAGGUGAUGUUGACGUGUCUGUUCCAAAAGUGGAAGGAGAUAUCAAAGCACCGAAAGUGGAAAUUGAAGGCCCGGAAAUUGCAGGACCUGAAGGUGGUUUUAAGAUGCCAAAGAUCAAAAUGCCAUCAUUUGGAAUGAAGGGUCCAAAACUGGAGGGUCCAGAUGUUGAUGUGAAAAUCCCUAAAGCCGAUAUUGACAUUAAGGCACCAGAUGUGGACAUCAAAGCUCCAGAGUUUGACAUUGAAGGACCCGAGGGAAAAAUCAAGGGCCCCAAAUUCAAGAUGCCAUCAGUCUCUGGUCCGAAGAUUUCUAUGCCAGACGUUGACUUCAAUCUGAAAGGUCCAAAACUGAAAGGUGAUGUUGACGUGUCUGUUCCAAAAGUGGAAGGAGAUAUUAAAGCAGCAAAAGUGAAAAUUGAAGGCCCAGAAAUUGAAGGACCAGAGGGAGGUUUUAAGAUGCCAAAGAUCAAAAUGCCAUCAUUUGGAAUGAAGGGUCCAAAACUUGAGGGUCCAGAUGUUGAUGUGAAAAUCCCUAAAGCUGAUAUUGACAUUAAGGCACCAGAUGUGGACAUCAAAGCUCCAGAGGUUGACAUUGAAGGACCUGAGGGAAAAAUCAAGGGCCCCAAAUUCAAAAUGCCAUCGGUCUCUGGUCCAAAGAUUUCAAUGCCAGACGUUGACUUCAAUCUGAAAGGUCCAAAACUGAAAGGUGAUGUUGACGUGUCUGUUACAAAAGUGGAAGGAGAUAUUAAAGCACCGAAAGUGGAAAUUGAAGGCCCAGAAAUUGCAGGACCAGAGGGUGGUUUUAAGAUGCCAAAGAUCAAAAUGCCAUCAUUUGGAAUGAAGGGUCCAAAACUGGAGGGUCCAGAUCUUGAUGUGAAAAUCCCUAAAGCCGAUAUUGACAUUAAGGCACCAGAUGUGGACAUCAAAGCUCCAGAGGUUGACAUUGAAGGACCCGAGGGAAAAAUCAAGGGCCCUAAAUUCAAGAUGCCAUCAAUCUCUGGUCCAAAGAUUUCUAUGCCAGACGUUGACUUCAAUCUUAAAGGUCCAAAACUGAAAGGUGAUGUUGACGUGUCCAUUCCAAAAGUGGAAGGAGAUAUUAAAGCACCGAAAGUGAAAAUUGAAGGCCCAGAAAUGGAAGGACCUGAGGGUGGUUUUAAGAUGCCAAAGAUCAAAAUGCCAUCAUUCGGAAUGAAGGGUCCAAAACUUGAGGGUCCAGAUGUUGAUGUGAAAAUCCCUAAAGCUGAUAUUGACAUUAAGGCACCAGAUGUGGACAUCAAAGCUCCAGAGGUUGACAUUGAAGGACCUGAGGGAAAAAUCAAGGGCCCCAAAAUCAAAAUUCCAUCAAUCUCUGGUCCAAAGAUUUCAAUGCCAGAUGUUGACUUCAAUCUGAAAGGUCCAAAACUGAAAGGUGAUGUUGACGUGUCUGUUCCAAAAGUGGAAGGAGAUAUUAAAGCACCGAAAGUGGAAAUUGAAGGCCCAGAAAUUACAGUACCUGAGGGUGGUUUUAAGAUGCCAAAGAUCAAAAUGCCAUCAUUCGGAAUGAAGGGUCCAAAACUGGAGGGUCCAGAUGUUGAUGUGAAAAUCCCUAAAGCCGAUAUUGACAUUAAGGCACCAGAUGUGGACAUCAAAGCUCCAGAGGUUGACAUUGAAGGACCUGAGGGAAAAAUCAAGGGCCCCAAAUUCAAGAUGCCAUCAGUCUCUGGUCCAAAGAUUUCUAUGCCAGAUGUUGACUUCAAUCUGAAAGGUCCAAAACUGAAAGGUGAUGUUGACGUGUCUGUUCCAAAAGUGGAAGGAGAUAUUAAAGCACCGAAAGUGGAAAUUGAAGGCCCGGAAAUUGCAGGACCUGAAGGUGGUUUUAAGAUGCCAAAGAUCAAAAUGCCAUCAUUUGGAAUGAAGGGUCCAAAACUGGAGGGUCCAGAUGUUGAUGUGAAAAUCCCUAAAGCCGAUAUUGACAUUAAGGCACCAGAUGUGGACAUCAAAGCUCCAGAGAUUGACAUUGAAGGACCCGAGGGAAAAAUCAAGGGCCCCAAAUUCAAGAUGCCAUCAGUCUCUGGUCCAAAGAUUUCUAUGCCAGACGUUGACUUCAAUCUGAAAGGUCCAAAACUGAAAGGUGAUGUUGACGUGUCUGUUCCAAAAGUGGAAGGAGAUAUUAAAGCACCGAAAGUGAAAAUUGAAGGCCCAGAAAUGGAAGGACCUGAGGGUGGUUUUAAGAUGCCAAAGAUCAAAAUGCCAUCAUUUGGAAUGAAGGGUCCAAAACUGGAGGGUCCAGAUCUUGAUGUGAAAAUUCCAAAAGCCGAUAUUGACAUUAAGGCACCAGAUGUAGACAUCAAUGCUCCAGAGGUUGAUAUUGAAGGACCCGAGGGAAAAAUCAAGGGCCCAAAAUUCAAGAUGCCAUCAGUCUCUGGCCCAAAGAUUUCUAUGCCAGACGUUGACUUCAAUCUGAAAGGUUCAAAACUGAAAGGUGAUGUUGACGUGUCCGUUCCAAAAGUGGAAGGAGAUAUUAAAGCACCGAAAGUGAAAAUUGAAGGCCCAGAAAUGGAAGGACCUGAGGGUGGUUUUAAGAUGCCAAAGAUCAAAAUGCCAUCAUUCGGAAUGAAGGGUCCAAAACUGGAGGGUCCAGAUCUUGAUGUGAAAAUUCCAAAAGCUGAUAUUGACAUUAAGGCACCAGAUGUAGACAUCAAAGCUCCUGAGAUUGACAUUGAAGGACCCGAGGGAAAAAUCAAGGGCCCCAAAUUCAAGAUGCCAUCAGUCUCUGGUCCAAAGAUUUCAAUGCCAGAUGUUGACUUCAAUCUGAAAGGUCCAAAACUGAAAGCUGAUGUUGACGUGUCUGUUCCAAAAGUGGAAGGAGAUAUUAAAGCAGCAAAAGUGAAAAUUGAAGGCCCAGAAAUUGAAGGACCAGAGGGAGGUUUUAAGAUGCCAAAGAUCAAAAUGCCAUCAUUUGGAAUGAAGGGUCCAAAACUGGAGGGUCCAGAUGUUGAUGUGAAAAUCCCUAAAGCCGAUAUUGACAUUAAGGCACCAGAUGUGGACAUCAAAGCUCCAGAGAUUGACAUUGAAGGACCCGAGGGAAAAAUCAAGGGCCCCAAAUUCAAGAUGCCAUCAGUCUCUGGUCCAAAGAUUUCAAUGCCAGAUGUUGACUUCAAUCUGAAAGGUCCAAAACUGAAAGGUGAUGUUGACGUGUCCGUUCCAAAAGUGGAAGGAGAUAUUAAAGCACCGAAAGUGAAAAUUGAAGGCCCAGAAAUGGAAGGACCUGAGGGUGGUUUUAAGAUGCCAAAGAUCAAAAUGCCAUCAUUCGGAAUGAAGGGUCCAAAACUGGAGGGUCCAGAUGUUGAUGUGAAAAUUCCAAAGGCUGAUAUUGACAUUAAGGCACCAGAUGUGGACAUCAAAGCUCCAGAGAUUGACAUUGAAGGACCCGAGGGAAAAAUCAAAGGCCCGAAAUUCAAGAUGCCAUCAGUCUCUGGUCCAAAGAUUUCUAUGCCAGACGUUGACUUCAAUCUGAAAGGUCCAAAACUGAAAGGUGAUGUUGACGUGUCCGUUCCAAAAGUGGAAGGAGAUAUUAAAGCACCGAAAGUGGAAAUUGAAGGCCCAGAAAUUGAAGGACCUGAGGGAGGUUUUAAGAUGCCAAAGUUCAAAAUGCCAUCAUUUGGAAUGAAGGGUCCAAAACUGGAGGGUCCAGAUCUUGAUGUGAAAAUUCCAAAAGCCGAUAUUGACAUUAAGGCACCAGAUGUGGACAUCAAAGCUCCAGAGGUUGACAUUGAAGGACCUGAGGGAAAAAUCAAGGGCCCCAAAUUCAAAAUGCCAUCCGUCUCUGGUCCAAAGAUUUCAAUGCCAGAUGUUGACUUCAAUCUGAAAGGUCCAAAACUGAAAGGUGAUGUUGACGUGUCCGUUCCAAAAGUGGAAGGAGAUAUUAAAGCACCGAAAGUGGAAAUUGAAGGCCCAGAAAUUGAAGGACCUGAGGGUGGUUUUAAGAUGCCAAAGUUCAAAAUGCCAUCAUUUGGAAUGAAGGGUCCAAAACUGGAGGGUCCAGAUCUUGAUUUGAAAAUUCCAAAAGCCGAUGUUGACAUUAAGGCACCAGAUGUGGACAUCAAAGCUCCAGAGUUUGACAUUGAAGGACCCGAGGGAAAAAUCAAGGGCCCCAAAUUCAAGAUGCCAUCAGUCUCUGGUCCAAAGAUUUCUAUGCCAGACGUUGACUUCAAUCUUAAAGGACCAAAACUGAAAGGUGAUGUUGAUGUUUCUGUUCCAAAAGUGGAAGGAGAUAUUAAAGCACCAAAAGUGGAAAUUGAAGGCCCAGAUAUUGAAGGACCUGAGGGAGGUUUUAAGAUGCCAAAGUUCAAAAUGCCAUCAUUCGGAAUGAAGGGUCCAAAACUGGAGGGUCCAGAUCUUGAUGUGAAUCCAAAAGCCGAUAUUGACAUUAAGGCACCAGAUGUGGACAUCAAAGCUCCAGAGUUUGACAUUGAAGGACCUGAGGGAAAAAUCAAGGGCCCCAAAUUCAAAAUGCCAUCCGUCUCUGGUCCAAAGAUUUCAAUGCCAGAUGUUGACUUCAAUUUGAAAGGUCCAAAACUGAAAGGUGAUGUUGACGUGUCUGUUCCAAAAGUGGAAGGAGAUAUUAAAGCACCGAAAGUGGAAAUUGAAGGCCCAGAAAUUGAAGGACCUGAGGGAGGUUUUAAGAUGCCAAAGUUCAAAAUGCCAUCAUUUGGAAUGAAGGGUCCGAAACUGGAGGGUCCAGAUCUUGAUGUGAAAAUUCCAAAAGCCAAUGUUGACAUCAAUGCUCCAGAAUUUGACAUUGAAGGACCCGAGGGAAAAAUCAAGGGCCCCAAAUUCAAGAUGCCAUCAGUCUCUGGUCCAAAGAUUUCUAUGCCAGACGUUGACUUCAAUCUGAAAGGUCCAAAACUGAAAGGUGAUGUUGAUGUGUCCGUUCCAAAAGUGGAAGGAGAUAUUAAAGCACCAAAAGUGGAAAUUGAAGGCCCGGAAAUUGAGGGACCUGAGGGUGGUUUUAAGAUGCCAAAGUUCAAAAUGCCAUCAUUCGGAAUGAAGGGUCCAAAACUGGAGGGUCCAGAUGUUGAUGUGAAAAUCCCUAAAGCUGAUAUUGAUAUUAAGGCACCAGAUGUUGAUAUCAAAGCUCCAGAGUUUGACAUUGAAGGACCUGAGGGAAAAAUCAAGGGCCCAAAAUUCAAGAUGCCAUCUAUCUCUGGUCCAAAGAUUUCUAUGCCAGACGUUGACUUCAAUCUGAAAGGUCCAAAAUUGAAAGGCGAUGUUGACGUAUCUGUUCCAAAAGUGGAAGGAGAUAUUAAAGCACCAAAAGUGGAAAUUGAAGGCCCAGAAAUGGAAGGACCUGAGGGAGGUCUUAAGAUGCCAAAGUUCAAAAUGCCAUCAUUCGGAAUGAAGGGUCCAAAACUGGAGGGUCCAGAUCUUGAUGUGAAAAUUCCAAAAGCCGAUGUUGACAUUAAGGCACCAGAAAUUGACAUCAAUGCUCCAGAGUUUGACAUUGAAGGACCCGAGGGAAAAAUCAAGGGCCCAAAAUUCAAGAUGCCAUCAAUCUCUGGUCCAAAGAUUUCUAUGCCAGACGUUGACUUCAAUCUGAAAGGUCCUAAACUGAAAGGUGAUGUUGAUGUGUCUGUUCCAAAAGUGGAAGGAGAUAUUAAAGCACCAAAAGUGGAAAUUGAAGGCCCAGAUAUUGAAGGACAUGAGGGAGGUUUUAAGAUGCCAAAGUUCAAAAUGCCAUCAUUCGGAAUGAAGGGUCCAAAACUGGAGGGUCCAGAUGUUGAUGUGAAAAUCCCUAAAGCUGAUAUUGACAUUAAGGCACCAGAUGUGGACAUCAGUGCUCCAGAGUUUGACAUUGAAGGACCUGAGGGAAAAAUCAAGGGCCCCAAAUUCAAAAUGCCAUCACUCUCUGGUCCAAAGAUUUCUAUGCCAGAUGUUGACUUCAAUCUGAAAGGUCCUAAACUGAAAGGUGAUGUUGAUGUGUCUGUUCCGAAAGUGGAAGGAGAUAUUAAAGCACCAAAAGUGGAAAUUGAAGGCCCAGAUGUUGAAGGACCUGAGGGAGGUUUUAAGAUGCCAAAGUUCAAAAUGCCAUCAUUCGGAAUGAAGGGUCCAAAACUGGAGGGUCCAGAUGUUGAUGUGAAAAUCCCUAAAGCUGAUUUUAACAUUAAGGCACCAGAUGUUGACAUCAAUGUUUCAGAGUUUGACAUUGAAGGACCUGAGGGCAAAAUCAAGGGCCCAAAAUUCAAGAUGCCAUCUAUCUCUGGUCCAAAGAUUUCUAUGCCAGAUGUUGACUUCAAUCUGAAAGGUCCAAAAUUGAAAGGCGAUGUUGAUGUGUCUGUUCCAAAAAUGGAAGGAGAUAUCAAAGCACCAAAAGUGGAAAUUGAAGGCCCGGAAAUUGAGGGACCUGAGGGUGGUUUUAAGAUGCCAAAGAUCAAAAUGCCAUCAUUCGGCAUGAAGGGUCCAAAACUGGAGGGUCCAGAUGUUGAUGUGAAAAUCCCUAAAGCCGAUAUUGACAUUAAAGCACCAGAUUUGGACAUCAGUGCUCCAGAGUUUGACAUUGAAGGACCUGAGGGAAAAAUUAAGGGCCCCAAAUUCAAAAUGCCAUCACUCUCUGGUCCAAAGAUUUCUAUGCCAGAUGUUGACUUCAAUCUGAAAGGUCCAAAACUGAAAGGUGAUGUUGACGUGUCUGUUCCAAAAGUGGAAGGAGAUAUUAAAGCACCAAAAAUGGAAAUUGAAGGCCCAGACAUUGAAGGACCUGAGGGAGGUUUUAAGAUGCCAAAGUUCAAAAUGCCAUCAUUCGGAAUGAAGGGUCCAAAACUGGAGGGUCCAGAUGUUGAUGUGAAAAUCCCUAAAGCUGAUAUUGACAUUAAGGCACCAGAUGUUGACAUCAAAGCUCCAGAGUUUGACAUUGAAGGACCUGAGGGAAAAAUCAAGGGCCCAAAGUUAAAGAUGCCAUCUGUCUCUGGUCCAAAGAUUUCUAUGCCAGACAUUGAUUUCAAUCUGAAAGGUCCAAAAUUGAAAGGCGAUGUUGAUGUGUCUGUUCCAAAAGUGGAAGGAGAUAUUAAAGCACCAAAACUGGAAAUUGAAGGCCCAGAAAUUGAGGGACCUGAGGGUGGUUUUAAGAUGCCAAAGAUCAAAAUGCCAUCAUUUGGAAUGAAGGGUUCAAAACUGGAGGGUCCAGAUGUUGAUGUGAAAAUCCCUAAAGCUGAUAUUGACAUUAAGGCACCAGAUGUGGACAUCAGUGCUCCAGAGUUUGACAUUGAAGGACCUGAGGGAAAAAUCAAGGGCCCAAAAUUCAAGAUGCCAUCAAUCUCUGGUCCAAAGAUUUCUAUGCCAGACGUUGACUUCAAUCUGAAAGGUCCAAAACUGAAAGGUGAUGUUGAUGUAUCGGUUCCAAAAGUGGAAGGAGAUAUUAAAGCACCAAAAGUGGAAAUUGAAGGCCCCGAUAUUGAAGGACCUGAGGGAGGUUUUAAGAUGCCAAAGUUCAAAAUGCCAUCAUUCGGAAUGAAGGGUCCAAAACUGGAGGGUCCAGAUGUUGAUGUGAAAAUCCCUAAAGCUGAUAUUGACAUUAAGGCACCAGAUGUGGACAUCAGUGCUCCAGAGUUUGACAUUGAAGGACCUGAGGGAAAAAUCAAGGGCCCCAAAUUCAAGAUGCCAUCAAUCUCUGGUCCAAAGAUGUCUAUGCCAGAUGUUGACCUAAAUCUGAAAGGUCCAAAACUUAAAGGUGAUGUUGAUGUGUCUGUUCCAAAAGUGGAAGGAGAUAUUAAAGCACCAAAAAUAGAAAUUGAAGGCCCAGAAAUUGAAGGACCUGAGGGUGGUUUUAAGAUGCCAAAGAUCAAAAUGCCAUCAUUUGGAAUGAAGGGUUCAAAACUGGAGGGUCCAGAUGUUGAUGUGAAAAUCCCUAAAGCUGAUAUUGACAUUAAGGCACCAGAUGUUGAUAUCAAAGCUCCAGAGUUUGACAUUGAAGGACCUGAGGGCAAAAUCAAGGGCCCAAAAUUUAAGAUGCCAUCUAUCUCUGGUCCAAAGAUUUCUAUGCCAGAUGUUGACUUUAAUCUGAAAGGUCCAAAACUGAAAGGUGAUGUAGACGUGUCCGUUCCAAAACUGGAAGGAGAAAUUAAAGCACCAGAAAUGAACAUUAAGGGUCCAGAACUUGAUAUUGAAGGACCAGAGGGAAAAAUCAAGGGCUCCAAAUUCAAGAUGCCCACCAUCUCUGGUCCAAAGAUUUCUAUGCCUGAUGUGGAUUUAAAUUUAAAAGGUCCAAAAUUGAAAGGUGAUGUUGAUGUUUCAAUUCCAAAAGUUGAAGGAGACAUCAAAACGCCAGAUUUGGGUAUCAAGGGGCCAGAACUUGACAUUGAUUUACCAGAAGGAAAAAUCAAAGGCCCAAAAGUGAAGAUGCCAUCAGUAUCUGUUCCUGGAGGUCCAAAUGUUGACGUUAAUUUUCCAGAAACAAAUGUCAAGAAGCCUAAGGGAGGAUUCAAGAUGCCAAAAUUUAAAAUGCCAAAGUUCGGUUUUAAGUCACCCAAAGGAGAAAUUGAUGUAAGCGUACCUAGUGGUGACAUUGGUAUUAAAUCAUCUGAUAUUGACAUCAAAACUCCUGAUCUUGAUGUUGAGGGACCUGACGGACAAACCAAGGGCACCAAAUUCAAAAUGCCUUCUUUAUCUGGUCCAAAGAUGUCUAUGCCAGAUGUAGACUUCAGCUUGAAAAGUCCAAAAGUCAAGGGUGAUAUUGAUGUUUCUGGACCCAAGAUUGCAGGUGACAUAAAGGCUCCAAAAGUGGACAUUGAAGGUCCUGAUGUUGAUAUAGAGGGCCCAGAAGGUGGCAUCAAAAUGCCUAAAAUCAAAAUGCCAUCAUUUGGGCUCAAAGGUCCUAAAGUGGAGGGCCCGGAUGUUGACCUCAAUCUCCCCAAAGCAGAUGUUGACAUUAAAGGACCUGAAAUUGACAUCAAAACUCCUGAUCUUGACAUUGAAGGACCUGAAGGAAAAAUUAAAGGUCCCAAGUUCAAAAUGCCUUCCAUAUCAGGUCCAAAGAUCUCUAUGCCAGAUGUCAACUUAAAAGGCCCCAAAGUCAAGGGUGAUAUGAAUGUUUCCUUACCAAAGUUUUCAGGUGACAUAAAGGCACCAAAAGUGGACAUUGAAGGUCCUGAUGUUGAUAUCGAGGGCCCAGAAGGUGGCAUCAAGAUGCCUAAAAUAAAAAUGCCGUCAUUUGGGCUCAAAGGUCCUAAAGGGGAGGGCCCAGAUGUUGACAUCAAUCUCCCCAAAGCAGAUGUUGACAUUAAAGGACCUGAAAUUGACAUAAAAACUCCUGAUCUUGACAUUGAAGGACCUGAGGGGAAAAUCAAAGGUCCCAAGUUUAAAAUGCCUUCCAUAUCAGGUCCAAAAAUAUCCAUGCCAGAUGUAGACUUCAACUUGAAAAGUCCAAAAGUCAAGGGUGAUUUGGAUGUUUCAGUACCAAAGAUUUCAGGGGACAUAAAAGCUCCAAAAGUGGACAUUGAAGGUCCUGAUGUUGAUAUCGGGAGCCUGGAAGGUGGCUUCAAGAUGCCUAAAAUCAAAAUGCCAUCAUUUGGACUCAAAGGUCCUAAAGUGGAGGGCCCAGAUGUCGACAUCAAUCUUCCCAAAGCAGAUGUUGACAUCAAAGGACCUGAAAUUGAUGUUAACGCUCCUGAUCUUGACAUCGAGGGACCUGAGGGGAAAAUCAAAGGUCCCAAGUUCAAAAUGCCUUCCAUAUCAGGUCCGAAAUUCUCUAUGCCAGAUGUCAACUUAAAAGGCCCAAAAGUCAAAGGUGAUAUGGAUGUUUCAGUACCAAAGAUUUCAGGGGACAUAAAGGCACCAAAAGUGGACAUUGAAGGUCCUGAUGUUGAUAUUGAGGGCCCGGAAGGUGGCUUCAAGAUGCCUAAAAUGAAAAUGCCAUCAUUUGGACUCAAAGGUCCUAAAGUGGAGGGGCCAGAUGUCGACAUCAAUCUCCCCAAAGCAGAUGUUGACAUCAAAGGACCUGAAAUUGAUGUUAACGCUCCUGAUCUUGACAUCGAGGGACCUGAGGGAAAAAUCAAAGGUCCCAAGUUCAAAAUGCCUUCCAUAUCAGGUCCGAAAUUCUCUAUGCCAGAUGUCAACUUAAAAGGCCCCAAAGUCAAAGGUGAUAUGGAUGUUUCAGUACCAAAGAUUUCAGGGGACAUAAAGGCACCAAAAGUGGACAUUGAAGGUCCUGAUGUUGAUAUUGAGGGCCCGGAAGGUGGCUUCAAGAUGCCUAAAAUGAAAAUGCCAUCAUUUGGACUCAAAGGUCCUAAAGUGGAGGGCCCAGAUGUCGACAUCAAUCUCCCCAAAGCAGAUAUUGACAUCAAAGGACCUGAAAUUGAUGUUAACGCUCCUGAUCUUGACAUCGAGGGACCUGAGGGGAAACUCAAAGGUCCCAAGUUCAAAAUGCCUUCCAUAUCAGGUCCAAAGUUCUCUAUGCCAGAUGUCAACUUAAAAGGCCCCAAAGUCAAAGGUGAUAUGGAUGUUUCAGUACCAAAGAUUUCAGGGGACAUAAAGGCACCAAAAGUGGACAUUGAAGGUCCUGAUGUUGAUAUUGAGGGCCCGGAAGGUGGCUUCAAGAUGCCUAAAAUGAAAAUGCCAUCAUUUGGACUCAAAGGUCCUAAAGUGGAGGGCCCAGAUGUCGACAUCAAUCUCCCCAAAGCAGAUGUUGACAUCAAAGGACCUGAAAUUGAUGUUAACGCUCCUGAUCUUGACAUCGAGGGACCUGAGGGGAAAAUCAAAGGUCCCAAGUUCAAAAUGCCUUCCAUAUCAGGUCCAAAAUUCUCUAUGCCAGAUGUCAACUUAAAAGGCCCCAAAGUCAAAGGUGAUAUGGAUGUUUCCGUACCAAAGAUUUCAGGGGACAUAAAAUCACCAAAAGUGGACAUUGAAGGUCCUGAAGUUGAUAUUGAAGGCCCGGAAGGUGGCUUCAAGAUGCCUAAAAUCAAAAUGCCAUCAUUUGGACUGAAAGGUCCUAAAAUGGAGGGCCCAGAUGUUGACAUUAAUCUCCCCAAAGCAGAUGUUGACAUUAAAGGACCUGAAAUUGACAUCAAAACUCCUGAUCUUGACAUUGAAGGACCAGAGGGGAAAAUCAAAGGUCCCAAGUUUAAAAUGCCUUCCAUGUCAGGUCCAAAAAUCUCUAUGCCAGAUGUCAACUUAAAAGGCCCCAAAGUCAAAGGUGAUAUGAAUGUUUCAGUACCUAAGAUUUCGGGGGAAAUAAAGGCACCAAAAGUGGACAUUGAAGGUCCUGAUGUUGAUAUUGAGGGCCUGGAAGGUGGCUUCAAGAUGCCUAAAAUCAAAAUGCCAUCAUUUGGACUCAAAGGUCCUAAAGUGGAGGGCCCAGAUGUCGACAUCAAUCUCCCCAAAGCAGAUGUUGACAUAAAAGGACCAGAAAUUGACAUCAAAUCUCCUGAUCUUGACAUUGAAGGACCUGAGGGGAAAAUCAAAGGUCCCAAGUUUAAAAUGCCUUCCAUAUCAGGUCCAAAAAUCUCCAUGCCAGAUGUAGACUUCAACUUGAAAAGUCCAAAAGUCAAGGGUGAUUUGGAUGUUUCUGUACCAAAGAUUUCAGGGGACAUAAAAGCUCCAAAAGUGGACAUUGAAGGUCCUGAUGUUGAUAUUGAGGGCCCAGAAGGUGGCUUCAAGAUGCCUAAAAUGAAAAUGCCAUCAUUUGGACUCAAAGGUCCUAAAGUGGAGGGUCCAGAUGUUGACAUCAAUCUCCCCAAAGCAGAUAUUGACAUUAAAGGACCAGAAAUUGAUAUUAAAGCUCCUGAUCUUGACAUUGAAGGACCAGAGGGGAAAAUCAAAGGUCCCAAGUUCAAAAUGCCUUCCAUAUCAGGUCCAAAGAUCUCUAUGCCAGAUGUCAACAUAAAAGGCCCCAAAGUCAAGGGUGAUAUGGAUGUUUCCAUACCAAAGAUUUCAGGGGACAUAAAGGCACCAAAAGUGGACAUUGAAGGUCCUGAUGUUGAUAUCGAGGGCCCAGAAGGUGGCAUCAGGAUGCCUAAAAUCAAAAUGCCAUCAUUUGGUCUCAAAGGUCCUAAAGUGGAGGGCCCAGAUGUUGAUGUCAAUCUUCCCAAAGCAAAUGUUGACAUUAAAGGAGGAGAAAUUGAUAUUAAAGCUCCUGAUCUUGACAUUGAAGGACCUGAGGGUGGUUUAAAACAUGUUAAGUUCCCAAAAUUCAAAGGUCCCAACUUUGGAAUUAAUCCUUCAGGUGGCAGUCUUUCAAUACCUGAAAAGGAUAUAGGUGCAAGUAUUGAUGUCAAAAGCCCUGAUGUCAACAUCAGUGGACCAGAUGCAAAUAUCAAGGUCCCAAAAAUGAAAAAAUCUAAAUUUUCGCUUGGAGUUAAGAGCCCAAAAUUAGAUGCAGAUAUUCCUGAUGCUGGUGGUACUUUAGAAGGACCUGAUAUGAACAUAAAUGUGAAAGGAAAGAAAGGUAAAUUCAAAUUGGCCAAAGGGAAGGGGAAGUCUAAAACACUUGAUGGUGAUAUGAAGACUGAAACUGUCAAGUUGGAAACAAAUGAACCUGACCUACAGAUGAAGUCAACCAAAGUUAAGAAACCUCUUUUUGGAAAGUUACAUUUUCCUGAUGUGGAAUUUGACAUCAAAUCUUCAAAAGCUAAAGGUAGUUCACCUGCCUCUGGAACUAUAAAAUCAUCUACUGGUUUGCCUUCUGCAAGCCUUAAAACUGAUAUUCAGACACCAGAUGCUAGUUUGGACAGUCCUGAUUUCAAAACAAAAGGAGGAAAAAUCAAAGUACCAAAAGUCGGCAUCUCUGGCUCUGAAAUAAAAACUCCUGAACUGGUUGUUAGAGAUGCAACUUUAGAGGUUCCAGAAAAGACCUUUCAGUCCCCGGAUGUCAGUGUAGCAGGAUCAGGCAUUAAUGGAAAAGGCAAGGCUAAAAUUGAAUUAGGAGGAAAAAUACAGGAUGUUGAGUUGAGAGUGCCUACUGUAAAUGUCCAUGGUGGUGCUUUAGAUGCUGAUUUAAAUCUCACUGAACAAAAAGGAGUAAAAGGGAGCAUUGAAAUACCAGGCUUUAAUGUAAGAGGACAAAAGGGAGAGACUGCAAGUGGGUUAGACAUGAAGCCAGAUGCAUCAUUAUCUGGUGUGAUGGAGUUCCAAGAAGGUAAUGUAACCUUUCCUAAAAUCAAAGUACCAAAGUUUGGUGUUGCAUUGCCUAAAGUAGAUGGAGAUGAGAUGAGAGUUGAUGUAGGUUCAAGUGAAUUGGCUGCUGGUUCUAAAGUUACAUCCCAAAGUCUGGAAAUGGAGAACACUGAUAUGAAAAGCAGUGGUGGAAAAGUGAAAGUCAAAAUGCCAAAAUUAUUUGUCAAAUCUAAAUCUAAAGGUGGCAGUGCAGCUGAUCUUACCGUUGAGGGAGAAGGUGUUGAUGUUACAAGUAAAGGUGGUGCAAAGGUGUCUAAGGAUUUGAGCCUUAGUUUUGGGGAAUUGACAAGUGGCAAGUUAGCAGUAGAGGGAAGCUCUGGGUUUAAAGUUUCACCAAAAAGUAAAUCUGCCUCCCUUGACCUCUUCAAAAAAACACAUCACUCAUCUUCUGUAAGUGACGAGGGAGGUUUAGCUUCUCCUGUUUCGGCUGAAGGCCACUUACAGGCAGAGGGUGGCAACAUUUCAGGUGAUGUUGGAGAAAAGGCCAAAGGCAAAAAAGGAAAGUUGAAGUUUGCUACAAUUGGAGGAUUUAGCUCAAAAAGUAAAGGUUCAUAUGAAGUGACGGAUGAAAGUGAGGUUAGGAUUGAGGAUGCUGGUGUAGUUGCUCAGUCUUCAAAGAAGUCCAGAAUGUCAUCAUCAUCCAGCAGUGAUAGUGGUUCAAAAGGCAGUUUUCGGUUUCCACAACUCGAAAUAGCGAUGUCACCAAAGAAGUAGUUUUCAUGCUAGUAUCUAUACACAGUACAUUCUCUCUCACACACACACACACACACACACACACACACACACACACACACACACACACACACACACACACACACACACACACACUUUUGUCAGUCUAGAUGACUAUGUAAAUCUGUCUUUCAGUUAAACAAUAGUGCACUGCCAUAUUGAGUUUCUUCAAUUCCCACACAUGUUCUUUACAGGCAUUGAUAUAUAUAAAUAUUUUUUUUUUCUCUGAAUCACAAUUUAACUGUAAAUAAGAGAAAUCUGUUAUGUAAUUUUGUUUUGUAGAUAGGAAAUUCAAAUCCAAUCCAACAAUGUGUGUAGUUAAUAUAAAAAUCUGUCAUCUGAUAACUUGUUCUAUUUUUGUACCUUAGAAAGUUUUGGAACUAUGUUGUCCUUUCUAAAAUUGUCUGGACACAUUUAAAUGCAAGGGGAGUGAUUUUAGUUAGAUUUGAAAGGUUUUUAAAACUUCAGCUUCACUUACAUUAGUAGUGUUGUAUCAUAUGUACUCAUUGCAUAUGAAUAACUAAUUUGAGCAGUGAUAAACCAGAUCUCGGUGAGCACGAUGAAGUUUAAGGACUGUACAAACUGUAAAUAAUUUGAGUCAAAACAGAUACAUGGGAUAACUUUACUGUGUGUCCCAAAUAUUAUGACAGUUCAGAUAUUAUGGAAUUUACACAGAGAUUAUAAUCUUUCAAAGUAUUUAUAUCUAAGACUGUCUUUUUCAAUGAUUGCUUGAAUAUCUUUAAAAUGCACAAUAAGAAGCAGCUGGCAAAAGCUAUGACUUGCUUUGAUUUUUAAUGGUUUCUAAGGCAUUUUUCUUGAUUAUAUUUUCCACAUUUCUUUACAUCCGGUUUACUCUCUCUCUUCCUCUCACUCAAUUUAUUAAAUGCCGUGCUGUCAUGUGGUGAUAUAACUACAGGAAUGCUAAUGCCAAUGGUAAAACAUUAACAUUUUGAAAAGGCAUAAAAUGUGCAUUUGCCCUUGUAAAUAAUGGGACAUUUAGGCUGCAAGUUUCUAACUUUUUUCCCCCUUGUAUCGGUUGCAAAAAUUUUUUUUAAUAAAGUGAACAAUUAUCAAUA